GGCGGCGGGCGGGGGCAGCGCUGCCGCCGCCGGGACCGGCUGAGGGCCCGCGCCCCGCAGCGCUCGGGCCGCCCGCGGCCGUGGCCGGGGUGCGAGAUGGCCGCCGGCGGGAGCCGCGCCGUCCUGGGGCUGUGGCUGCUGGCGGCGGGGCUGUGCGGCGCGGCGGCGGCGGGCAGGUCCCCCAGCUGCCACGAAGUGCGGACGGCGUUCCAGCUGCGGCAGAUCGGGCCCCUCAAGCUGGUCCCCGACGUGCCCACGGCCGAGUCAGAUUUACAGAUCUGUCAACACAGGGCACCAACAUGUUGCACGAAAAAGAUGGAAGAAAGCUACCAGGCAGCUGUUCGAAGGGAGAGGACUCAGAGCAUCCAGGCCCUGAACUUUGAGCUGAAGUACAUGAUUGUUGGUCACAUCACAGCUUUUCAAGAGGCCUUUGAGUCUUUGCUUCGCUUUGCUGAAAACCGCACAAGUUCCCUGUUUGAGACAGCUUACAGACCCAUGGCAAAAGAAGCAGCGGAGCCCGUUAAGGAGCUGUUUACAGACAUCUCUCUCUACAUUCUGGGCGCAGAGACCACGGUGGAAAGUGCAGUUCUGCGGUUCUUUGACAGUCUCUUUCCUCUGGUGUACAGCCGGCUAAUAAACCCAGGAAUUACAGAUCUGUCAGAGGACUACACGGAGUGUCUGCGGCUUACAAGGCAAGACAUAAAUCCUUUUGGACACUAUUCUAAAAACUUGGUUACAGAGCUGUCAAAAUCUCUUUGGGCCAGCAGGAUGCUGAGCCAGGCCCUGAGCCUGGGCAUUGAGGUGAUAAACAGCACGGAGCACGCCGCUCUGAGCAGGGAGUGCAGCAGGGCCCUGGUGAAGAUGCAGUACUGCCCGCACUGCCAGGGCCUGACGCUCAUCAGGCCCUGCGUGGGAUAUUGCCUCAAUGUCAUGAGGGGCUGCCUGGCCAGCGUGGCGGAGCUGGAUGCUCAGUGGAGGGAGUUCAUCUCCACGCUGGAAUAUCUGACUAAUGAAAUGGCUGCCUCGCACGAGCUGGAAACGGCCCUGGCGGGGAUCUGGAGCUCCAUCAACGAGGCCAUCCUGCACGCACAGCUGAACGGACCACAGCUCUCUGCCACAGUCGAUAAAGUGUGUGGACAGCCCAAACAGCAAGAAGGGAACCUGUCAUCAGCCAGUAUUGUGCCAGUGAAGGAGGUGACUGGAACCCAGACAUUUGUGAUGGCUCACACCAGCCUGAACAAUAGAAGAAGUUCUCUGCCUCUGAAAGCUUCAAAGAAUGACAAAUCAAGAAGUUUGAAAAAAAUCUCUCGAGAGUUCAUCAGUUACAUGAAGAGGUCCCGAACCUUUUAUGCCUCCUUAGCAGAGAGGCUUUGUGAUGGAGACCUGGUGAUGAGAGACAGCUCAACCUGCUGGAAUGGAGAGGAUGUUGUGGAAAGUUAUACCAGCAGAGUUGUUUCCAAUGGACUGAAGGCACAAAUUAAUAAUCCAGAACUUAAAGUCAGAGGAUUGGACCCACUCAUCAACAAUUUAAUUGAUAAACUUCAGCACUUUAAUCAACUGGAUGCUGAGAAGGCAAAGUUGAAGCUGGAGAGAUGGGGUCCCCGGGAUGCUGGCAGUGGGGCUGGAAGGAGUGAGGAGAUGGAGUCAAGUGGAGACUGUGAUGAUGAGGAUGGCUGCCAAGGAUCCGGGGACAGGAUGCACACAGCAGAUAUACUCAAGGACAAGAAAACCCAUCCAGAAAACAGAAAUGAACCAAAACCAACCGUGAAAAAGAUUGACACCACAACCACCACAAGCACUGUCAAGUCAUCCUCCAAACACAGUGUAACUGGCAACGGGAGCAGCCCAGCCCUGAGUCCCUCCCUUGCUAUCCUGGCAGCACUAGCAGUUCUGUGGCACUGUCCCCUGUAGCUGCAUUGCCCUGCAGCUGCUGUGCUAGUGCUCCAGUUCACUGUCAUUGAUACCUGCAGCCUUACCCGACUGGAAACAAAUGGAAAUGGCUCUCUAGUUGAUGUGAUUUGUUAGGAUAAAUAAGAAGUGAAAUGCUGGAGUUGGCAGAUACCAAGUGUCAUCACGUUCAAUGUCUGAAGAUAGCUUUUGGCAAAGCCCACCCAAGGUACAGCGAGGAUGAUCACAAGGGUCUGCGUAGCUUAAGUUAUGGGGUAGAAAUAACUGAAAACCCAGAAAUUGUGUAUGUGUGUGUUACUGGUUUUAUCAAUUUCGUUUGCUAGAAUCUGACUGACUGUUGUUUAUUUGUUUAAUUUUUCUGGUAAGUUAUAUGAAUGGUCAGUCUUCAAAUUCAAGGCAAUCCAUACUUUGUUUUUUUAAGCGAGCAGCUAACAAGCUGUGCUACAGUUCAUAAAAUGGUAGAAUGUUACGGGGUUGGGAUGGACCUUAAGGAUUAUCGAGUCCCAGCCCCCCUGCCGUGGGCAGGGACACCUCCCACCAGCCCAGGUACCAGCUUGCUGCCCUGUAGGGGGAAGUGCCCUCUACCAGCUUGAUGAAACUCCUGAGUGGUCAAGAAGAUCAAAGCAUGUUUGAAACUUCUUUUCACUCUUAUUGUUUAGAUUGUAGGAAGCAACAUAAAAACAUAUGGUGUGUCUAAUAUAUCAGUAUAGUUGCCUUAACUGUGGAAAAAAAUAGAACCACUUUGUUUACUGAGAGACACAGAUAGUGAGUUUCCCUGUCCCACAAAAUGUCAUUACCAGAUGCUUAAGCAUAUGCUCAAGGCUUAUUGGAUGAAUGUCCAGCAAAGGGAAACAUAAAUAAACAUAAUAAUGUUUUAUCCACCUAAAUGCAGCUCUGUACAGAAAAAAAAAAGAAAAAAAAAGAAAAAAAAAAGA